GACUCCAGCUGUGCAGCGAACAGACACAAACCUACAACUGAGAAAACAGCAGACAUUACAACAGUAGAAGUUACAACAGUAGAAGAGUGGAAGUUACAGGAGCAGAAGUUACAAGAGUAGAAGUUACAAGAGUAGAAGUUACGAUUUGAAGACAAAAGAACCUGAUAAAUAAAUACCAUGGAUAUUGAGGAUGAUAUUUAUGCCAAUCAAAGACACAUCGUACCGCGUACGAAGGAUGGAGUUGGUGAUCAACAUUCAGUGUCUUGUCAGUGGUGGAAGAGAUACUCUGGAGCUGCUGCAGUGUGUCUGGGGCUGCUGUGUGUUCUCCUACUGGCUGGGAUCAUAGGCCUGUUUCUCUACCAGAGAAACCAAUUGACCAGUUCCAACACCCUGACUGAAGAGAGGGACCAGCUACAGACCAGUUACAACACCCUGACCAAAGAGAGAGACCAGCUACAGAAAAACUACAACACCCUGACCAAAGAUGGAGACCAGUUACAGACUAGCAACAACACCCUGAUCAAAGAGAGAGACCAGCUACAGAAAGAAAUAGAACGUCUGAAAUCUUUAGUUGAGAAAGUGUGUCCGGAAGGAUGGAAGAAGCUUGGUAGCAGUUGUUAUUACGUCUCUAAUGGGAAAAAAUCCUGGGAGGAGAGCAGACAGGACUGCAGAAAUAGAGGAGCACACCUGGUGGUCAUCAAGAGCCAGGAACAACAGACAUUAGUCAACUGGUUAUGUGGAGUAUAUGGCUAUGUCUGGAUUGGUCUGACUGACUCUGUUUCUGAGGGGACCUGGAAAUGGGUGGACGACACACCACUGACCACAAAGUAUUGGAACAGUGGAGAGCCUGAUGGUGGUAGAGCAGAGAACUGUGUGUAUUUCUACUCCUGGUCAUCAGACACAGGAGAAUGGUGGGACUAUUACUGUUACUAUAAAUUCAGAUGGAUCUGUGAGAAAUAGGAUUCAUCCUCGGUACUCUCUGAACUGCUAAAUAAGAUUAUGCUAAGUACUAUGAAUCGUAAACUAUUUUCUGCUUAUUCAAUUUACCUUGUCAAGAACAUACAAUAUAUAACAAGACAAAUGUAGAAUACAUUAUAAUAAAACUAUAUGCAAUAACAAUACAAUGAAUUGAUAAGAGAAGGACUGUUCUGUCUGUUGUUGAGGAAAUUCACCACGAAGGACUGUUCUGUCUGUUGUUGUGGAAAUUCACCACUAAGGACUCAAACUCUUCCCGAACUGCACUGUUGGUUAAGGGCUUGUAAGUCAGCAUUUCACUGUAAAGUCUACACUUGUUGUAUUCGUGGCAUGUGACAAAUAAAGUUUGAUUUGAUUUUAA